AUGUCGAAUAACGCAUCCACCCUGCCUCCCGAUCUGUUUGACCAGACGACACUCGUCUCCCUCGCUGCGACUGUCGUCCUCCUCUCCGUCGCCAUUGCCGUCUCUCGUCGCGUGCUUCACCCCACGACUUCAACAAGCUACCGCGUCCUCUUCAUCUGGCACGCCUUCGACGCCCUCAUCCACUUCUUUCUCGAGGGAAGCUUCCUGUACCACUGCUUUUUCUCCUACAUCCCCCUCGCCGACGUUCCCGACGCCGACCUCUCCGGAUACCACCCGACCCCCGCCAACUUCCUCGGAUACUCGGACCGCAUCUACGGCGCUCAAUCGGGCGGCAGCAACCCCUUUGCGCAGCUAUGGAUGGUCUACGCCCGUGCUGAUAAGAGAUGGGCUGGCGCGGACCUGGGCGUCAUCUCCCUCGAGCUGCUCACCGUCUUCGGCGCCGGACCGCUGGCCGUCUGGAUCUGCUACUGCAUCGCCAAGCGAGAUCCCAAGGUCAACAUCUGGAUGAUCAUCAUCGCGACGGCGGAGCUCUACGGCGGUUUCAUGACCUUCUGCCCCGAGUGGCUGACCGGCAACAUCAACCUCGACACCAGCAACUUCAUGUACCUGUGGGUGUACCUGGUCUUCUUCAACAUGCUCUGGGUUUUCAUCCCCCUGUACGCCAUAUACGUCGCAUAUGGCGAGAUUUCGGCGGCGUUCAAGGCUCAGGGCGCGAAGAAGAAUCUCUGA